AUGGCAGAAGACAAAAAUAAGGAUGGUAAUGCAUUGCUGGCAAAGAAGAAGAAAGUGAAGCCGCGGAAGUCGAGGGACGCUGAUUGCUGCAGCAUCAAUUUCCUCAAAUGUGUCCUACAUAUCUUCAAUGUUGUAUUUUUGUUUGCAGGAGCCGGAGUACUCGCGGUAGGUGCGUGGACAGUAUCAUAUCGACACAGAUACGUUUCCUUGCUGCCCACACCAACAUACCCAGCCAUAGCGUAUCUGCUGAUCAUCGCAGGUGCCAUGGGCGUUCCGCUAUGCGCGCUCGGCUGCUGUGGACUUAAGACUGAGAAUAGAACCAGUUUGUUAUGUUACACAUAUUUCCUCCUGAUAACAUUCAUCUUGGAAGUCGGUGCCGGCGGAUUAGCGUACUACUACGAAGUAGCAGUAGAGGACGAGCUGACUGCUGAGCUGAACAACACUUUCUUAUCCAACUACGCGCUUGACACAGCCAUCACGAAUGCCGUAGACCGCAUGCAGAUCGAAUUCAAAUGUUGUGGUGCGCUUCGCUACGGAGACUGGCGCCACAGCCCGUGGCACGAACACGACCCUCGGCUAUUGGUCCCUGACUCCUGCUGCAAGACCGUCACGAACCGUUGUGGCGCCAGGGAUCACCCCUCCAAUAUAUACUAUCAUGGUUGCAUCCGCCAAUUCACCAAUCACAUACGAGACCACUUAAUAAUCCUGGCGGCGCGGGCCGGGCCGCCGAACACCAAGAACCGCAAAGUGUUCGACAAGAGCCGCCCCGCCGCGGGGCCCCUGCGACGGGCGCCACUAGCGCGUCCCGCGCCGCCCGGCCCCCGCCCCGCACCGUACGGGCCCCGGCCUGUGCCGCCCGGCCCCCGGCCCGCCCCGCGGCCCCCCGCACCCUGCCCGUUGCACCCCGCGGUGGACCAACGACCUCCGCCUAUCGCCACCAUCAGCGACAACGUCAGCAUAUAA